CGGCCGCCGCGGGUGUCUCCAGUCCAGACGCUCUCGAAUCAUCGCAGCCAUUCUUGGUUUUAUUGCAGUUUGCGCCGUCGUUAUACCUCCGGCAGUGGUGAUUACCCUACGCAAGAAAAACAGUAUGGGGCCUAAGUCUAAAGUCUUCGUCCCUCUUUACGUAUAUCCUGCCCCAGGGGCUUGGGAUCCGCUGGAGGAGGUGGUCUCUGCACACCCCAACCUCAACUUCACCGUCGUGAUCAACCCUGGCAGCGGACCGGGGCCUAACGCCUUGCCUGAUGCCAAUUAUACCCGAGAGAUUCCCAAACUUGGAUCUCACGACAAUGUGCGUCUGUUGGGAUAUGUCGCGACCACAUAUGCGACCCGCAACAUGUCGCUGGUGCGCAAGGACAUCGAGACGUAUGCGGCAUGGCCGACCAACAGCUCCAACCCAGAUCUCGCCGUCCAGGGCAUCUUUUUCGAUGAGACGCCGCAGCAAUACGAUGCUAAUGCCUUGGCAUAUUUGAAAGAUCUUACUACGUUGGUGAAGAACACAACCGGCCUUGGUCCAGACAACUUUGUUGUUCAUAAUCCCGGGACGGUGCCUGACUCUCGCUACCUGUCGACAGCCGAUUCGACGGUGGUCUUCGAGGCAACUUACAACACAUUCCAGGAGCGACAGGGAGUCAAGUUGUUCAAACAGAUUCCAGACAGCAACCGGGGUGAACUGUGUGCGGUCAUCCACUCUGUUCCGAGCAAUAUCCAAGGCUCGAAGCUGAAGAGUCUGGUGAAGCAGACUCGGAAGGCGGCGGAUGAAGUGUUUAUUACGCAUUUGAGUGAUGAUUACUAUGCCAGUUUUGGGGGAGGAUGGGUUGAUUUUGUGAAAUUGAUGGCUAAAUGAUGAUAUGAUUAACGAUGUAUGGAUUCACUUACUGUAUGAUACAAAUACAGUAAUAAAUAUAUAUAAAUUCACAUACAAUACAAUACAUAAUACACCUAAUAGAAUACCUACAGCCC